UAUAUAAAUGAAAGCAACUGAGAGACAGACGGAAAGAAAAUAGCAAAAAGGGUCACUCAGCGGCGACCACAACAGUCCACCGACCUUUCUGCGUUUUGCACUAAUCUCUCCUCAUUCAUUAUUCAUAUUUUUGUUUUAAAAAGAGAGAGAAAAAAUCUCCAACACUGCAAGAUUCACAGCUAUAUUUUUUCUGAGAAAAAUUCUUUCUUGAUCCAGUUUUUAAAGUUAUCCAAGACUCCCGAUUAUUCUCGAAUCCAAAAAAACUUACCGUCAAAAAAUCGUAUUGGGGUUUCUUUUAGUUAAAAAAUUGUUAUUUUAGAGGAUAUUUUCUUCAACUUUUACUCUUUCUGAUCUUUUCAUUAUCCAAUCUUUGUUUCUUUAAUAUACGUCAAUUGGGUUUUGAAAGCAAUUAGUAUUUGUUGAUUUAGUUGGAUAGAUACCAGCUUUGAGCAUUUUGUUUAUGUGGGUUAAUGGUGAUGUUUGAGAAGCAAUCGUUAUGUUAAAAAAGCAAGCAACUUUGCGUUUUUUCACCACCAAUACAAGAGCUCUAAUCAUGGCUUCUUUAGCCCGUAAUGAUCCAUUCCUUAAAGGGUUUCAUAGUUUACCUCCUCAAUCACCAACAAGGCCUCAAUCUUCAUUGCUUUUUAGGAAUGUUAAUGUUUCGUUUGAUAAUUCCGGUAGCCCUGGUUUUAGGAUCAAUAGAGGUGGCGGCGCUUUGAUGUUAAAAGGGUGUUGCUCUGAUUCUUCGCGUGAUCAGAAAGCACGCGCAUUUGCACCAAACAAUCAGUUGGUGCGCGAUUUUGAGGCUAGAUUGGAAGAUAGGAGUGCUAGUAUUAAUGGUAGAUUUGUUAACGAUCAUGGCUUAUGCGGGAAGCUUCCCAGAUUCCCUGACUUUCCUCUAACUGAGAAAAUUGUUGUUGCCGUCGAUGUUGAUGAGGUUCUGGGGAACUUUGUGUCAGCUUUGAACAGAUUUAUUGCUGAUCGCUACUCUUUGAAUCACUCAGUAUCAGAGUAUCAUGUCUAUGAGUUCUUCAGGAUAUGGAACUGCUCUCGUGAUGAAGCUGAUUUUCGUGUCCAUGAAUUCUUCAAGACACCAUAUUUCAAGACUGGUAUCUACCCAAUCCCAGGUGCUCAGAAGGCACUUCAUAAGUUGUCAAGACUUUGUAAACUAUCAGUUGUGACGUCUCGGCAGAAUGUCAUCAAGGAUCACACAGUCAAGUGGCUAGAGAAGCACUAUCCAGGAGUCUUUCAUGAGAUUCACUUUGGAAACCACUUUGCUCUUGAUGGAGAGUCUAAAUCAAAGUCAGAAAUAUGCAGGUCCUUAGGUGCAAAGGUUCUGAUUGAUGAUAACCCAAGAUAUGCCAUUGAGUGUGCUGAAGUUGGAAUCAGGGUUCUACUUUUUGACUAUGAGAACUCUUAUCCAUGGUGCAAGACAGAUUCGGUUAAUCAGAACCCCCUGGUCACAAAAGUUCAUGACUGGGAUCAAGUAGAGCAACAAUUGGUUUCAUGGAUAGGGUCUUAGUUCUCAAUGAUUUUGUGACAAGGAUUCACAAGAUGUCACCUCUUCAUCACAAUAUAAUCAUUGAUUCUAAUGCCUGGUUCUUUGGGAGUGCCGAAAAGGUUAGCGUAAAUUUUAGCAUUGACUUUUGGCAAGGUGACUGUAAGGAGACCAACCAAAUAGCGCUCUGGUUGUAUGAACAGAAGUAGAAUUAUUGAAGCUUGUAUAUUUUCCCACUUCGGAGGCACGUAGAUUAGAAUGGUAAAUUGCCAAGAUUGUUGAACACUCGUGCUGCUAUUAAAUCCUCCUCUUCUUCGGAAUGUCA